AUGGCAUGUCGCAAAAACGGUUGGCCGCUAGACAGAUCCACUCUAUAUACCUGCGUUACCAGCUAUCUGGAUCCCGAUGAUGUCGAAGAGCGUCCGCCUACGGGCUGUUAUAUUCAAGGUCUCUUCCUGGAGGGUGCUCGUUGGGACAUGGAAAUUAUGCAAUUGGCACGUUCACAUCCCAAAAUUUUGGUGGAAGAUUUGCCAAUCUUGUCAGUGGUACCGAUCGAGGUACAUCGCCUGAAGCUACAGAAUACAUUCCGUACACCGGUAUACACAACAUCGUUACGCCGUAAUGCCAUGGGUGUUGGACUCGUUUUCGAAGCUGAUCUGGCCACCACAGAGGAUAUCAGCCACUGGGUACUUCAAGGCGUUUGCCUCACACUCAAUCGAGACUGAAGAUUUUUACUGUUUGUAAAUUUUAUUUGUUGUAAACUUUAAUAUUUAUGGAAUUUACAAAUUAUUCAUAUAUGACUUGCUUGAUG